AUGGCCGGUAGGGAAGCACAGCAGGCACAGGCUGCCGCCAAGGAGUUCCUCUUCAAGGUGCUGGUCGUAGGAGACAUGGCAACGGGCAAGACUGCCAUCAUCAGGCGUUGCGUCGAAGGUGCCUUCUCCGAUAACUACAAGACCACGAUUGGAGUCGAUUUCGCUCUGAAGACCAUCAAGUGGGGCUCCAACACGCUUGUGUACCUGCAGCUGUGGGACAUUGCGGGACAGGAGCGGUAUGGCAACCUCACGCGCGUCUACUACAAGGAGGCCGUUGCUGCCUUUGUCGUGUUCGAUCUCACCCGCAACUCCUCCUUCGAGUCCGUGAAGCGAUGGAAGGACGACAUCGACAACAAGGUGCGACUGCCCAACGGCGACCCGCUGCCGGUGAUCCUCUUGGCCAACAAGUGCGACAUGGUCAAGACGGCGCUCAACGAGGAGGUGAUGGAUCAGUACUGCAAGGAGAACGGGUUCAUCUCGUGGUUCGCCACGUCGGCCAAGGAGAACACCAACAUCGACGAGAGCGUGGCGUGCAUCGUGAACCACGUCAUCAAGAAGGACGAGCAGGGUGCCAAGGGCGACGCCGAGGCCUUUGCUCUGAACGAGGCCGGACCAUCCACCCGACCCAGCUCCGGCGGUUGCUGCAGCUGA